CUUAAAACUGCAAACAUAUACAUUAUUCUUGAUAAAUGUGAUUCGAAGGGCUUAAUUUGUUGGCAACAAUGAAAGUGACUGUCUGUUUUGACGAUGUCAAAGUUGUUGUCCCUUGCGGUAAUGGAAGCAUUCUGAUUCGAGAGCUAGCUGAAAUGGCUCUGUUAAGGUUUCAGAAAUCUAGUUCUUCUCUGCAGCAUACAAAAUGUUGUCUAGAUCAAAAAACUGUCACAACUGCAUGUACAGAAAGUCAAACCAAACCAGCAGAAGAAUUAAAACAAGAAAAUAACAAUACCGAUCUACAACAAAAACCAGUACAAUCACACAGUCAAUUAAUACAAAGUAAAUUAAAUCCAUCCAAUGAUGAUAAUGAUGAUUCGUAUACAGUUAAAAAAGAUAAUUCAAAAAAUACCACAUCAUGGAAAUUGAACAUUGACGCUGAUUAUGAAGUGGAUUCAUUGACAUUAGCACGUGAUGGUGGCAUAUUAGAUUGGGAUGAUCGUGUUGUGGAUGUGUUAGAUGAUCGAGAAUUACUGAUUGUCAAUUUUCGUAAGAAAACACCAUCAUCAUCAUCAUCAACAGCACAAAUUCAGAAGGAAUUGCGUUAUACUGGUUUUGAUCAUCAGAAAAAUUUACAAUGUAAUAACAUUAAUGAUUCUACAUUAAAUACAACUGAUUUAAAUCAAGUUAAAUUUAAUUAUUCAUCAAGUAAACAUGAUAAUGAUACUCUGUUUCCAGUAGUACCUUCUUGCUCUUCUCUAUGUAAUCAAAUUUCAUUAGUCAUGUCACCAUCCUCUUCAACUUCUUGUUCACCUUUAAUGACUGGUAGAAUUAUAUGCGAUACAGGUGUAACGUAUGUUCAGUUACCAUGUUCACAAUGGCAGCAACAAUCACAAAUUGCCGCAUCAACAAUAUCAUCAGUACAAACAUCAUUAUCAUACUCUCAACCACCUAAACCACCUCAACGUCAUUUCAAUCGUCAUCCUACAUUAUUUUCUACAUCUGGAAAAAUAUAUCUAGAAGGAGGAGAAUCGUGUGAUUGUUUUUUAUUAAGAAAAAAUGAUAUGAGCAAUAAACAGACAAGUUUAUCUAAGGAAAAUGAAUUUAGAAUGAAUCGAACAAAUAACUAUCAAAAUAUUCACUCUUCAGCUUAUUGUCCACACACUUCACAUCCUAUUACAACACUUAUUGGUGGAUUACACCAUGAUCUAAAUUCCACCAUAAUAACAUCAAAUGAAUUUAGACCACCUACAAAUACAUCAUCCAUCAUGACGAAACCAACAUUUACCACUAAACAAACAUCAUCUGUAUCUACAACCUCGCCAAUUUUUCAUCGAUCACAUAGACCUCCACCUCCACCACCCCCACCACCUCAUCAUCCAGCUCCUCCUUCGAUCUCCCAUCAUCAACAUUAUUGCCACAGUAUGUCAUCUAUGCAUAAACCAUCACUUUCAUUGCCUCCAUUAGCUCAACCAACUGUAGUCAAUACAUCGGAAAAUAAUAAUCGUUUAUAUUUUAUAAAUAAUUUAGAACAAAUAAAUUUAGCAAAAUUAAAAAAGAUAACCAAUGAUGAUAACCUUGAUCAUAUUGAUGAUAAUAACAUUCAUUUGGAACGAAAUCCAAAUCAGUGCUGUGAACAGAUUCAUGAUAGCAAACAAGGUGAAGAUCUAAGAAGGAAUCAUACUGCACCGAAUGUUUUAAGCCAACCUGGAAGUUAUUUACCUCAAUCAGUUAUAGAUGGAUGUGAAUAUGUGAAUAUGCCUCAGUCGAAAUUCAAUAAUGAUCAAAUUUCACCUGAUACUGCUAAUAAUUAUAAAUAUCAACUAUCGCUAACAACUAAUGUAUUUCCCACUUAUAUGAUUUCACCAUCAACAAUGUCUUCAUUGAAUGAAUAUUUACUGCCGAUUCCCAAUUCACUAUCAUCCAUAUUGAAUACAACUGAUAUCAGUAUCAUAACUAAUGUGAAUAAUAAUAAUAAUAAUGACUUAUUAAUGGAUACAUCAUUUCUAUCAACAGUACCAGAAGAGGAUUUCGAUCCAGGCGAUUUACUAAGUUCCAAUAAAACUACACCAAAACAAAGUCCUUGUAAAAAGAUUUAUUUCAUGAAAACCAUCAAUAACAAUUCAUUGAAAUUAAAUCAAAGCGAUAAUAGUAAUCCAGGAGACAAUCAUAAUGUGGAUCAGUACAGUUCAUCUGAGUCUUUAUCACCAAGUACUGUACAAUACGCUCCAAAACCGAUUCCUAAUCAAGAGACUGAAUUAUGCAGUAGUUCAUCUGGUCAAAUAUUCUCUGAUGAAAAUGUUGAAUUACAACCAGCAUUGUCAUCUUCCUCUUCUACUUCUUCUUCUUCUUCUUCUUCAAAAUUAUCACCUAUCUCUUCUCAACAAUCUCAAGAAAUUCCAGAUAAUUAUUACGCUCGACCUAAUAGAAAACAAAAACGUUAUCGAAAUUCCAGAGCACCAGCACCGCCUAUACCAUCAACAAUAACAUUAACUGGAACAAAUUCAAUUUCCACUACUUCAUUACCUUGUAAUUCUUCAAUAAAUCGAUCAACAGUAAAACCACCACCACCACCUCCACCUUUUAGAUCAAUGAAAAAUCAUCCUGAUACACCUAAUACUACUGAUUCAGAUAUAGAUGACCGAGAUUAUAAGAAUUUAAUGAAAUCUCAACAAAUGCAUCCAGUUCACGAUAAAUCAUCGUCAAGUCCCCGUCCAAUAAAAAUGGAAGAAUACAAUGAUCCUUUGAAAUUAUCAUCUACAGUAAAUCAUUUAUGUCCGCAUAAGGGUAGACAACAAUAUGAAAUAAUUAAUAACGAUAAUUCUCAUCAUCACCAUCAUCAUCAUCAACAUCAUCAACAUACUACUACUACACCUACCAAUUCAGAACAAAUUCAAACUACUCCGCCUUCUAAUGUUUGUUCACAUUGCCGUGAAAUUAAACAUCAUCAUGAUGAUUACAAUGACGGUGAUGACGGUGAUAAUCCCAACGCUGAUGAUAACAAUAAAAUAAACCAAUUCGAUUUUAAUAAAUCAAUCCUACGAAAACCAACUCCACCGAAACGAUCACCUAAAACUGCUUUAACUAGUCUGAAUUCAUCUCCUAAAUCAGAAGAACGUGAAGAUUCCAAAAUGAAAAUGAAUUUUGUUAAAUGUUCCAAUGAAUUAGAUAGUGUAGUGCAUUCUAGAAGCAAUGAAAGUGGAGUAAUCUCUGGACAUAAGAAUAAAGAUAAUGAUGAUGAUAGUGACCAUGAAAAUUCAAAAGAACAAAUACAUACUACUAUUGAUACUACUACUACUAGGAAAGGUAGUCAUAGUAGUCAUGAAAGUAGUGAAUACAAUGAACAAAACAAAUAUACUAUAUGUGAUAACAUUAUCAAUCAUAAAAACCAAACCAAUUUAAUUAUACCAGAGAAUAUUCAUCAAAACAAUAAAGAUAUUACUUGUUGUCUAUGCAAUUCAUCACAUCAAGUCGAUGCAGAAGCUGAAAUUUUACAUAUGACUGAAUUACUGUCGAAACGUCGAGAAUCUGAAGUUAGACGACAUUUAUUAUUAGCUGAAAUGGAAGGCGGAAUUGAACGAGAUGAUCGAUUGAGAGCUGCUGCCAAUGCUAUGGUAUUAGCAGUAGCACCAGUGAAAACUGAUAUGUCAACCAGUAUCGAUUCGUCAGAAUUAUGUAAUAUAUCAAAUUGUAUACACUGUACUUAUUGUUCACUUCCUCAACAUCAUCAGCAACCACAUCAUCAUCAGCAACAACAACAGUCAUUUCAUCUGGAUAGUGCACUACAUCCACCACAUCUACAUUCUAUCGAUCAUAGAGCUACAGAUACUGGAUUAAUACCACCGAUAACGUGUUGUUGUACAGCGGAAUGUAUCAAAGAAGAAGAUAUAUUGAUUACAUUGCAGAAAUCUUCAACUGGUUUAGGAUUUAGUUUAACUACAAAAAUUAUUUCCAAACCACCAUUAACUCAUUCACUGAAAUCAAUGAAAACAAUCCAACCGAAUGAAUCAAUACUGGCUGUAUGUGUGAAAAAUAUUUUACCCGAUGGUUCAGCUAUUAAAAAUGGACAAUUACGUGUUGGUGAUCAAUUGAUCCAAAUUGAUGAUUUAGAUGUUAUUGGUAAAUCACAAGCACAAAUUGUUGCUAUUCUUCGAAUUAAACCAAUUGGUAGUAUUGUAAAUUUAUUAGUACGUCGACAAUUGCAUAUAUGUCAGUUGCAUACACAAGAUUGUUUAUUGUGUAAUCAUCAUCAUCAUCAUAAUCAUCCAACAACCACAAAUCAAUGUCCUGAUUUAUUAAAUACUGAAAUGAAUCAAUUAACAAGAAAUGUUAAUGGUUCAAUGCAUGAAAAACAAUUACAGUCAACUUAUCCAUGGAUUGAUGAUAAUAAUAAUAAUAAUAAUAAUAAUAAUAAUACACGUAAAUGUUCAUCACCACCAUUACAAAUGUCGAUUUAUUAUGAUGGAUUAAAUAAUUUCGAACGUGUUUGUCAUUCAAAUUAUCCACUUUAUCCAGAUGUAUUACUUCUACGUUUACAUAUCCCACUGAUUCCUAUCAAUGAAGGGAAUGAAGAAAAUUUAAAAAAUCCUACUUCUACUACUAAUAAUAAUAAUACAAACACGCUAACUACAUCAAGUCUACGUCAGAUGCGUCUUGGUGUUAGUGUACGUGAAUCGAAUUCAUCGCGAGCCAGUAAAUUAAAUGAAUUCACACAAAAUACCAUUAAAGCUAAUAAAAAUAUAAAAUUAUUUAAUGAAGAGAAAAUCAAUCAAAUUUCUUCUUUCACUGAUUCAUAUAUUGCUGAUUCGAUAUAUGGUGGUGUUAUUGUGAAAUGUAUUAUAGAGGGCGGGGCAGCGCAUAAAGAUGGUCGACUACAAAUAGGCGAUGAACUAUUAGAAAUUAAUGGAGUUGUUCUAGUCAAUGUAAACAAUCCAUUAAAUUUGUUACGUUCUGUUCUACGUAAAUUAUCCGAUACAAAUGUCAAUGAAAGAAAAAACUCUACUGAUCCUAACACAUCCACAGUGAUUACUGCAAAUACAACAACAGAUGUGACAACAGCAACAACAACAACAGCAUCUGCUUCGACCACCGCGACGACGGCUACUACUAAUAUCACUACUACGACUACUACAACUCAUACUAAUUCUACAAGUUCUUCACCUAUCAAAACAAAUCAUCAUCAAAUCAAUACUUCCCAGUGUACAUUGGAUAAUAAAGAUUCAAUGGAAACGUUAAACAGGGUACAACCAAAAAUGGUCGAUUUAUUGAUAGCUCGAUUAACAAGGCAUCGAAGAUCUGCAUCUGGACAUACUCUUGCAUCAAAUUCUGAAUUUGGUUCCGAUGCUUCAACAACAAGCACUGUACUUACAGCUACACCGAACUUUUUACCUCCGGUCAAUAAUAAAACUAGUCCUGAAUCAUCCGGUCCUAGUCGUGAACAAUCAAUUCCUCGACAUCACCAUCAUCAACAUCAACAUCAACACCAACAUCAUCGUCAUCACCGCCAUCACCAUCAUCAUCAUCGCCAUCAACAUCGUCAUCUUUCUCAACCUCAACAAAAAUCCACCUGUACAAAUCAGUCAACAAUUUUGUCCUCGUCAUUAUCAUCGUCAUCUUCAUCGACUACAACAAUUCCGAUUGAAAAUGAAUCGCAUGUGAAUGACAUACAGACUAUGAAUGAUGACAUUCGUGAAAAUGAUGAUCAAUCUAGAAUUAAAGGUGAAUUACACUCAGUCAAAGUGGAACAACACGAAGAAGAUCAUACUACUGAUGAUGUAAUUAUUGUUACUAAUAAUAUAACAACAGCAACCACAACACCAGCAACAACAACACCAACAACUACCACUAUUACUGAGGGUGAUUGUGCCUCGAAAAAAUGAAUCAUUCAUAUGAGUUCAUA